AUGUUUUCACUGCAGAAUCAAAAUCAGGUAAUUUUUUCUAGAAUGCAAUUCACCCAACUUGAUUCUAUUUAUUUGCAGGCAUUUGCUACCCUGACAUUAUUCUCCACGAAAAUAAAUACUAGACAUAAUGUUCAUUUGAGGAAGAAUUCCAUAGAAAAAGGCAAAAGAGGAAAAACCUUCCUCUGUCAGGAUAGUUUUCUGGAGACUUUGAAGAACUGUGAUUUCUCAUUUGCAAGACACCUAAAUGUCAACUCCUUAUUUGAAAACCACCUCCUCAAAAACUUCAAAGUUUCAUAUACUUCCAAUGAUAGCUUUUUUGAGAAUAAGCAUGGUUUUUCACAGAAUGAUUUACAAAAGUCUAUUCCCACUCUGAUUAUGAGAAACAAGAAACAUGUCAUUAUUCCUCAAGGAUUUUAUCAAAAGUUGGUUUCUGGAUUAUUGAAACAUAACCAAUAUUCCUUCAACAUUCAAUUGAGAGGAUUCAAGACUGAUCGAAGUGUAAUAGCUGAGCUUAAUAGAAAUCCAACAAUGACAAGUCGGUUUAAACAAGCUUUGGGAAUUCCUUUGACUGAAGAUCCUAAAGCACCAAAAAUACCUCCAACUAAUUCAGAACAAUUGAAACAGAUACUGAUGGCAGAAGGAACAAUGAAUGAAAGUGAGAAGCAACGUUUGAAAAUAGCUUUUGCAGAAGGGUAUCUUCUUGGAAAUAACUCCACUAAUAAGACUGGAAAGUCAACAAGAUAUUUGAAGAUGGCAACACAAGUCCUCACUGUUUUCAUAUUCUUAGCUAUUGUUGUAAGUCUGUUAGCUAGUGCAAGUGGAUCUGUUUUCAGAAUUCAAUUGGGCAAUCAAGUGGAGGUUGAUCCUGAGGAAAUUCAUGUGACAUUUGAUGAUGUCAAAGGAGUGGAUGAAGCAAAACAGGAACUCAAAGAUGUUGUAGAAUUUCUGAAAAAUCCUGAUAAAUUUUCAACCCUUGGUGGAAAACUUCCAAAUGGGGUCCUGCUGGUGGGUCCUCCAGGAACCGGGAAAACCCUGUUGGCAAGGGCUGUUGCAGGAGAAGCAGGUGUACCAUUCUUUCAUGCUGCUGGACCUGAAUUCGAUGAGGUUCUAGUUGGACAGGGAGCAAGGCGAGUUCGAGAUUUGUUUAAGGCAGCAAAGAAACGUGCUCCAUGUGUGAUAUUCAUUGAUGAAAUCGAUUCAGUGGGUUCUAAAAGGACUAACAGUGUUUUACAUCCGUACGCCAAUCAAACGAUCAAUCAGUUGCUGAGCGAAAUGGACGGUUUUCACCAAAAUGAAGGUGUCAUUGUUUUGGGGGCCACGAAUAGGAGAGAUGAUUUGGAUCAGGCUUUGCUGAGGCCUGGUAGAUUUGAUGUAGAGGUUACUGUCCCCACACCUGACUAUACAGGUAGAAAAGAAAUUCUGGGAUUGUAUAUGGGAAAAAUAUUGGCCAAAGAUGUAGACCUAGAACUACUAGCGAGAGGAACCACAGGCUUUACAGGUGCAGAUUUGGAGAAUAUGGUCAAUCAGGCAGCUCUGAGAGCAGCAAUAGAUGGCGCCGAAAGUGUGGGCAUGAAAUACCUCGAAUCGGCCAGGGACAAAGUCCUGAUGGGCCCAGAGAGAAAGUCUCGCAUACCCGACGAAGAAGCGAACUUGAUAACUGCGUACCAUGAGGGCGGUCAUGCCAUCGUGGCGUUUUACACGAAACACAGCCAUCCCUUGCACAAGGUGACGAUAAUUCCCAGGGGGCCCAGCCUGGGCCACACAGCUUACAUUCCUGAGAAAGAGAGAUACCACGUCACGAAGGCCCAACUUCUCGCUAUGAUGGACACCAUGAUGGGCGGUAGGGCAGCGGAGGAAUUGGUUUUUGGACCAGAGAAAAUCACGUCAGGGGCAAGUUCUGAUCUGAAGCAGGCUACUUCAAUCGCUACACAUAUGGUCAAAGAUUGGGGAAUGUCUGAAAAAAUUGGUCUUCGUACUAUGUCUGAUGAUUCUAAAACAUUUGGAUCUGAAUCUUUGGGCCCUUCAACUUGUGAAGCGGUUGAUAAUGAAAUUCGGAGGAUUCUGUCAGAGAGCUAUGAGAGAGCGAAAUACAUACUGAAAGUUCACGCUAAAGAACAUAAAGCAUUAGCCGAAGCAUUAAUGAAAUAUGAGACAUUGGAUGCAGAGGACUUGAAAGCUAUAAUUUCUGAUAAAAAUACAGAUAAGAAACUUUAA